AUGGGGGUCCCUGAUUAUCUAAAGAAGAUAAUCAGGGACUACCUGGAGGGGCAUGAUACUCUGGUCGUGGCCAGUGGGAGGGGAUGGGAAGAGGCGAUCAAUGUGGCAAAUGUAGCCAUUGAUUGUGUGGUGAGGGCAAUAGGGGCCCUUGGCCUUAAGGUGGCGGCAGGAAAAACAGAGGCCGUCUUUAUCCACGACGGCUCUCUGGGGCAACCACCGGCAUCGUGGAUCAGGGUGGAGGACGUCCGUGUCCAGGUGGGGGCCCAGAUUAAAUAUCUGGGCCUCCACGUAGACGGCAGGUGGAGGUUUGAGGAGCACCUCAGCCGGCUGACGCCCAGGUUGGACAAAGCAGCGAGUGCCUUGUCGCAACUGAUGCCCAACCUGGGCGGCCCGCGUGGGAAAGUUAGAAGGCUCUAUGCGAACGUAAUUAAUUCAAUCGCACUGUAUGGAGCCCCAGUAUGGUCGGACGCCCUGACGGCGAAUAAAAAAGCCAUCGCGGUGCUGAACAGAACUCAGCGCCGCAUGGCAAUCAGGGCGGUCAGGGGAUAUAGGACCAUUUCCCACGCGGCAGCCACGUUGAUGGCCGGGAUGCCCCCCAUCGAAAUGAAUACUCGCGCACACGCUCGAGUGUAUGAGCAGGUGGCGGAGCAAAGGGCAAGGGGGAUCCCGGUGCCCAAGAGGGGGAGGAGGCUCCUCAGCCUCCGCAUCAAGAAGAAAGUGAGGGAGGAAUGGCGGACCUGGUUGGCCGACCCAAAUCAGGCGGGCAAGAGAACGGUCCAGGCCAUCCUCCCUCAUCUGGACGAAUGGAUAGACCAUUCAUGGACACGGACGUCCUACAGGACAACGCAGGUACUCACCGGGCAUGGAUGCUUCGGUGAGUACUUGCAUAGGAUACAGAAGGAGCCUGAUCCGCGAUGCCACCAUUGCACCGAGGAGCGAGAUACGGCGCAGCACACGCUGGACAGUUGUCCAGCGUGGGAGGAAGAGCGCCGCGAUCUCACGAAUGAGAUAGGGGAGACCUCUCGCUGCCGGCGGUCGUUAAAGCCGUAG